UCCCGCCAACGACGCCCGACGCACCUAUUUUCGCUAACAAGCUGGAGUCCCGGGUCGCCAGAGCCUGCGGGAAUCCUGUCCCUGUUCGCGGACUCUCAAGGCUCUUUCCGCUUGUCUUACCUCCUCCUAGCCACUGGCCUCGAGGGGAGGGUGCAGACCUGGCUCUUCUUUGCCCCCCUUUUGAGGGAGUGCGGUCCUUGAGGGGGACGUCGGCUUCCUAGGCGCUGCUUUGUGUGUGGUGGGGUUGGAGUGCGGACGGUCCCCGGCCGGCCAUGGCCUUCACUUUCGCUGCUUUCUGCUACAUGCUGUCGCUGGUGCUGUGCGCUGCGCUCAUCUUUUUCGCCAUCUGGCACAUAAUUGCCUUUGAUGAGUUAAGGACGGAUUUUAAGAACCCCAUCGACCAGUGCAACCCUGUUCAUGCGAGGGAACGGCUGAGGAACAUCGAGCGCAUCUGCUUCCUUCUACGAAAGCUGGUGCUGCCAGAAUACUCCAUCCACAGCCUCUUCUGCAUCAUGUUCCUGUGUGCUCAGGAGUGGCUCACCCUGGGGCUGAAUGUCCCUCUACUUUUCUAUCACUUCUGGAGGUACUUCCACUGUCCGGCAGAUAGCUCUGAAUUAGCCUACGACCCGCCGGUGGUCAUGAACGCAGACACCUUGAGUUACUGUCAGAAGGAGGCCUGGUGUAAGCUGGCCUUCUAUCUCCUCUCCUUCUUCUACUACCUUUACUGCAUGAUCUACACUUUAGUGAGCUCAUAA